AUGCUGUUCAAGUUACAGGAAGAGAAUGAACGCGUAGCGCGCGCUCAUUUUUAUAUUAAUCUCCAAUCACGUGGCGUGCCAUGUAAAGUCCUUGCACCAAUCAUUGAAAGCGCGGUGAAUUCGAACAAAAAAGUCACUCUCGAUGUCGACAAAAUUCCUGACAUGGCUCAUAAAUAUGGUGUUUCAUCGAUGCCAACUGUGAAGGCCUUUCAUAAGGGCAGAGUAGUGGAUGGAUUUAUAGGCGCACAACACGCAGAGUUCGUGGAAAGGGCUGGCUUUGCGUUGUUACCUUCCAUCGAAAAGAUGUCCUUUGCCAAGUUGGACCGGCAACAAGAGGUGAAUAACCUCGAGGGAACAGUACAGCAGUCGAAAAAGACGGUUAUAUUGAAACCCAUUACUCAAGAUACGACCAUAGACUUCAAGAGAUAUUAUACAUAUGGACUACUUAUAAAUAUAGUUCCUUUGUAUAUGUUUUAUCCCAUUCGCACUGUAAAAACAUUACAACAAGCAAAUAUCGGUACACGUAUAUCAACGUCGCCUAUCCACGUUUUACAAGAAAGAUGGCUAAGUGAAGGAGUGCGCGGUCUUUACAAAGGCAUCAUUGUGUAUGGUGCUGGCAAUAUCUGUGGUCGAUUAAUACAUUUUUCUACAUAUGACGCGCUAAGAGAGAGAAUACACAAGGGGAAAGGAAGCAGCGUUGGACUAGGAUGGCUGGAAAAUAAAGAGCAAAGCACUGUCAAUGGCGUUCUCGGUACCAUUAGUGCAGUAAUAACAAGUAGUGUUAUGGUUCCAUUCGAUGUAAUCGCACAACAAUUGCAAGUGUCUAAAGGAGUCCCUUAUGCAGCAAGAACAGGCACGCGUGUGGAUAAUUACUUCUUUAAUCAUACAUUUCCUGGAUCGCAAUUCCCAACGUUUAUUUCGGCUAGAUCUCCCAUUUCUUUGAACAAUAUAACUCAACCUACAACAGGCAAUUUUAUAACAAGACUUAAACCAAAAGACGUUCCUCUUUACCGUUUUCUUUAUAGAGGCUGGCCGGCUGCAAUAGUCAGUAGCUUGUCCUUCUUUCCUGCAUAUUUCUAUACGUACACAUUCGUGUUAGAGAAACUCUACGCCAAUUCGCAUAAUCUUAGUUUCUCUCCUACACAACAUUUCGUCUAUUCAGUUGCUGCCGGCAUAGUAGGUGGGAUAACUGGAACUGUAGUGUCGGCACCAGCAGAUGUUAUCAAGACGCGUAUUCAAAUAGCACGUGAGUCGGGACAAAGUGAAUUACGAUGGCUUAAUGUGGCAAAGAUGAUAAUUAGAACAGAGGGCAUAAGGGGUUUGUUUGUUGGUGUAGGAGCACGACUGUCUAUUAUUAUACCUUUGGGAAGUUUGAACUUCUGGGCGUUCGAGAAAGUGCGAGAAUGGAGUAUUGUCAAAAUAAAAAAUACAGACGGUAGCAGCAAGUAG